AUGCUGCUUCGAUGUCUGCGUAAGCACUCUAUUCCUCGUCGGACCCCGUUGUUCUGUCGCAAUGUUGCAUCUUUGAAUGCUCUCGAUGUUUGCAUUCGUGAGCGUCAAUUGCCGCCUUUCGAGCGUUUGCAGCUGUCGGAGAUCGAGCCGGCGGUCACUACUGCCGCUGCCAAGUACACGGAGGAUCUGCACCAACUGGAAACAAAGCUGAGAGAUGCAGGAAAGAAGGUGCAAUUCCAAGACGUAGUGGACCCUCUCGAGGUGCAGGGAGACGCACUGGAACGCAUGUGGGGAAUUGUGGGCCAUCUUAUGAGUGUGCGCAAUUCGAAAGAGUUACGCGACGUGCACGACAAACUGCAGCAGCUAGUGAUCGAGACAGUCACCGAAGCGUCCCAGAGCAAGGCGCUCUAUGAGGCGUAUCUUGCUUUGCGCGAGAGUGAGGACUGGAGCAAGCUUGAGUUGGCACAACAGCGUAUCAUUGAGCUGAGACUGAGAAGCGCAACACUUAGUGGUGUUGGGCUUGAGGGUGACGAGAAGGAGAAGUUCAACAAACUCAAAUUGCGUGCUGCUGAAUUGAGUACCAAGUUCUCUUCAAAUCUGCUUGAUGCUACUAAGGCGUAUUCCAUCACAGUGACGGACAAGAAGGAGCUGGAAGGAUUGCCUCUUUCACUACUGCAAAUGUUUGCGCAAAGUGCUCGUGACGAAGGCCACUCGGACGCUACGCCUGAGACUGGACCGUGGCGUGUGACGCUGGACCCGCCAUCUUACGUGCAGUUCAUGAAAUAUGCAGCGAAUCGGUCACUGCGUGAGAAGCUGUAUCGUGCAUACGCGACCCGCGCGAGUGGUGGGUCUUUUGAUAACGAGGAUAUCAUUGAUGAGCUUCUUAGAAUCCGUCAGGAGAUUGCCAAUCUCCUUGGCUUUACCUCAUUUGCGGAGGUAAGUAUUUCGAAGAAAAUGGCGCCAAGUGUGGAGGAAGUUGAGAAGAUGCACAAUGGCCUGCGUGAAAAGUGUAUUGCUACUGCGCACGAGGAGGUGAAGACUGUGGCGGAGUAUGCGAAGCAGCACGGACAAGCUGAGCCUCUGGAACCAUGGGAUCUUGGCUAUUGGUCUGAACAGCUCAAGGCGGAAAAGUAUUUGUUUACCGACGAAGAGAUCAAGCCGUAUUUUCCACUCGAACGCGUGCUCGAGGGUCUGUUUUCACUCACGUCGCGGCUGUUUGGCGUGACUAUCGAGGCAGCAGACGGCCAGGCUGAGGUGUGGCAUCCGAAUGUGCGCUUUUUUAACGUGCGCAGCAUCGAAGGGGACACGGAGAUAAUUGCUCGCUUUUUCCUGGACCCGUACUCUCGUCCAAAAGAGAAGAAUGGUGGCGCUUGGAUGAACACUUGCGUUGAUCGCAGCCGCCUGCUUGGUCCAAAGGAGCAGAACGGCAAGCGUAUUCCAGUUGCGUACAUCAUCUGCAACCAGUCGCCUCCCGUGGGCAAGACGCCCAGCCUCAUGACAUUCCGCGAGGUGGAAACAAUCUUUCACGAGUUCGGCCACGGCUUGCAACACAUGCUCACGCAGAUGGAGUAUGGUGACGUAGCAGGCAUUAACGGUAUCGAAUGGGACGCAGUCGAGAUUCCGUCACAGAUGAUGGAAAACUUUUGCUACGACAAAGACACGAUCGCAGAGAUCAGCGGGCAUUACAAGACAGGUGAGACGCUACCAGACGAAUUGUUCGAGAAGCUCAAGGCAGCACGCAACUACAUGGUGGCCACAGUCAUGCUACGUCAGCUGGGCUUUGGUGCCCUGGACAUGUACUUGCACUCUCAUUACUCACCAUUGCAGGAGUCAUUGUUUGCGGUACAAGAACGUCUACUAAGUGAGUACGCUGUACUGAAUCCACUAAAGGAGGACAGGUUUCUAUGUUCAUUUGCGCAUAUUUUUGCAGGCGGGUAUGCUGCAGGGUAUUACAGCUACAAAUGGGCAGAAAUUUUGUCGUGUGAUGCCUACGGUGCUUUUGAAGAAGCGACCAAGGAAAGCCCCGAAGCCGUGACGAAAAUAGGUCGCAAGUUUCGUGACACGAUAUUGGCUCGUGGGGGUGGGCAACACCCCGAGCAGGUAUUUGAGGCCUUUCGCGGCCGCAAACCGUCUACAAUGCCCUUGUUGACACAAUAUGGUCUAGUGGACAAGUGA